AUGAAUGAGGUGAAAGGAAGCGCGGUUACUGCUAAAACCACCAGUGCGGAAGAGGCUCUAGCAAAGAAGCUCCGCACUGAGGUUUUGAGUUUUAUAGGGAAGUCGCCCAAGCAAGAAAAACCCAAAAUGGAUGCGGUUAUAGAUAAUUUUAGGAGUUUGGCUCAAACUACGGGUGAGCCGGUGGCCAACUUGAUCGCGCCAGUCUUAAGUGAGCCUUUGAUAAAAGCGGGUAUCAAUGCCAUGAUCAGGCAUCUGGAGUUCGGUAACAAAGUCAUGGCGGAUCUCAAGGACAUUGAAGUGGAUAUCAGAAACUUUGUGUUGAGUUGCUAUCCGCAACCAAGAGAGGGUCAUCGUAAAGAAUGCGUAUAUAUCAGGAGGUCUGCCGUUGGUAACAAAGAUGCAAAGCGACCUGCUGGUGGCACGCAAGGCUAG